AUGGCUACCAAGUUAGUGGCGGCUAGGACUGCUGUUGCUGCUGGAAUCGAGUGUAUUCUCACGCAUGGUGCCAAACCCAAUAAGGAGCUGAUGACAGUCUUCAGAGUGGCUUCCGAUAAUAUUCAGUUCGCAGUAUCGAAGAUGACCUGGAGGCGACGCUGGAUGCUGGGCCUUGAGACAAGAGGAGUAAUCAAACUGGAUAAGGGGGCAGCCGAUGCUAUAAGGAAAAAGAAGAGCCUUUUCGCGGCGGGUAUCAUACAGGUCACGGGGAGCUUCCAUCGUGAUGACUGCGUGUCGCUUGUGGACGGCGAAACCGGCGAGGAAAUAGCCCGCGCCCUCGUGAAUCUUCGGGACUUCGAAGUGAAGAAAAUCAUGGGCCAUAGAUCUUCUGAAUAUGCGGAAUUGUUGGGCUGUGUUGUAGCACCGGAAGUUGCGUAUCGUGAGAACAUAAUACUCACUACAGGGGCCCUUGCGGUUUUCGAAAGCGAGCCGGAGGACUCGGAUCAACCCUCGGUCUAA